UCCGCAGGUUCAAUUUCUAGAAGGCUUGAUUACCUUCCCACAACUUGCAUUUACUUGAUUGGAAAGGAUAUCCUUUAAAAUCCUUACCACCAAAUUUGCAAUUGGACAAAAUUAUUGAGCUGAAAAUGGAUCAGAGCCGCAUUCAACAAUUGCAGCAUGGAAUAACUCCUUUCAACAAUUUAGAAUCCAUCAGUUUUGAAAAAUGUAAGUACCUAAUCAAAACACCAGAUUUCACAUUUGCCAAAUCUAAAAACGGUGAUUCUUGAAGGAUGUACAAUGUUGAGUGAGAUUCACCCGUCUUUGUUGGUUCACAAAAAGAUUACUUAUUUGAAUAUGGAAUCUUGUGCAAGUCUUAUAACUCUACCAAACCAGAUUCAUAUGGAAUCUCUAGAAGAACUUAGUCUAUCUUUUUGCUACAAACUGGAGAAGUUUCCAGAGAUUAUAGGAAGUAUGGAUUGUCUAUAUAGCCUUUAUUUAGACUCAACUGUUAUUAAAGUACUGCCAAUUUCAAUUGAACUUUUGAGUGGACUUGAAUAUUUUAGUUUGAAAUACUGUGAAAAUCUUGUGAGUCUUCCAGUCACUAUAAAUGGUUUGAAAUCUCUUCAACUAUUUAUACUUUCUGGAUGCUCCAAACUUAAUAACUUGCCAGAGACUUUGGGGCAACUUGAAAAGCUAGAUGAACUUGAUUUAAGCGGAACUGCGAUAAGACAAUCAAUGGCGUCCAUUUCUCUUAUGAAGAAUCUUACAGAGUUAGAUUUUAGUGGAUGUAAGGUUCACUCAAAAGUUCAAUUGCCCACUUUGUCAGGUUUUUACGGAUCUUUAACAAGAUUAAAUCUCGUUGACUGCAAUAUGGAGGAAGGGGAUAUUCCUAAUGACUUUUUCGAUAGCUUUUCUUCAUUAACGUGGUUAGGUCUAAGCAAAAACAAUUUUGUUUCACUACCUGGAAGCAUCAAUCAUCUUUCUAAGCUUGAAUUUCUUCUCUUGGACGGUUGUAAGAGACUUCGAUCUUUACCAGAACUUCCAUCCAACGUAAUAUCUAUUUACGUAGAUGAUUGUGUUGCACUGGAAACAACAUCAAAUGCAUUAAGGUUAUGCUAUUCCACGUUGUCAGAAUUUUCAUGUUUAAACUGCUUGAAAUUGAUCUGCUGCAACAAUCUGGCAUCUUCAAUGCCCAAAGAAUUCCUUAAGGCUAUGGCAAAGCCCAAAGAAAGACUUCGGUUUGAGCCGAUUAAUCAAUUUGGGAUGGUUAUUCCUGGAGGUGAAAUUCCAGAGUGGUUCCAACAUCAGAGUGAGACUUCUUCAAUUAAAAUAGAAAGGCCUCUAGAUUCUUGUGAUAACAAGAUGGUGGGAUAUGCUGUCUGCUGUGUUUUUUAUGUCCAUGAGAGUCAGUGUAUCGCUCUUUUACGGAUUAGUUGCAGAGUGACCAGUAUCGUUUUUGCUAAUGAACCUGCGAUUUAUUUUGAAGACAAUUGCCGCAAGACUAUGUCAGACCAUCUUUGGCUGUUCUAUAUUUCGGCUAAAGAACUCAAUCAAGAUUUUAUUGAGCUUUCAUUUGCACAAAAUUAUCCAGGAUUAGAGCUGAAGAAGUGUGGGAUACAUCCAGUAUAUAAGAAAGAAUUAAAAGAGUUGAAGCCAAGGGCCAAGAAAUCCAGUAGCUCUAGUUUUUGGAAUUCAUAUGAGUUGGAUGAAGAUUUUCUUGGAUCAACGGCGGAUGUUGACUAUGAUGGGGUAGAAGACGAAGAUGAGAGUUAUUUUUCAGCUGAUGACGAACUACCAAAACCUAAAAGAUUGAGGAGCUCAUAAGUUGACGUGUGGUAAUAAUUUUUUGUUAUGGGCUGUUGUGAACUUUCUGUUUUUUGCAUUGGGCUUUGCUAUAACAUAACCUAUAAUAUAUGGAUUAUUUGCCAUGGAGAGGCGUGGGACUCCUUAUUCCAA